GGGGCGAGGGGCGGAGGGCGGCGGCGGAAGGCGCGUCCCGAGACGGGCCCAGACCCCGGGCUCGCGUGCUCGCUCUGGCGGCGGCGCGAUGCUGCAGAAGCGGGAGAAGGUGCUGCUGCUGCGGACGUUCGGCGGGCGGACGCUGCGGCUGGUGCGGGAGCACUACCUGCGGGCCUGCGAGCCCUGCCGCUGCGCGCUGUGCGCCGCCUGCCGCCACGAUGGGAAACUCUUGUCUGCCGACGUGACCCAUUACGUGAUCCCGGACUGGAAAGUGGUUCAAGAUUACCUGGAGGUCCUGGAGUUCCCAGAGCUGAAGGGAAUCAUCUUCAUGCAAACUGCGUGCCAGGCAGUGCAGCACCAAAGAGGCCGCAGGCAGUACAACAAGCUGCGCCACCUGCUCAGGGAUGCCCGGCGAGACUGCGUGCUCUUUGCCAACGAGUUCCACCAGUCCUGCUACGUCCCCCGCGAGCCCGGGGAGCCCCUGGAGAAGUGGCAGACCAGGAGCAUCUACACGGCGGCCGCCUGGUACUACCACCACUGCCAGGGCAAGAUGCCCAUCGUCAUGGUGACGGAGGACGAAGAGGCCGUGCAGCGGUACGGGAGCGAGACGGAGGGCGUGUUCGUCAUUCCCUUCAAGAACUACCUGGAUGACUUCUGGCCCGACCUGCGGGCCGCCCACGAGCUGUGCGAGUCCAUCCUGCAGUCCCGGCGGGAACGGGAGCAGGAGUGCCAGGAGAGCCACCGCAAGGAGUACGCCGAGCACCUGCCCCCCGAGGUGCUGGAGGCCGGCAUCAAGUCUGGGCGCUACAGCCAGGGGAUUCUGAAUGUCAACAAGCACAGGGCACAAAUCGAAGCUUUCGCUCGGCUCCAGGGGACUGGCACGAAGGACACAGGCCUGGUCAGUGACAUCCUGAUCCACGGUAUGAAGGCCCGAAACCGGUCCAUCCACGGGGACCUGGUGGUGGUGGAGCUGCUCCCCGAGGGCCAGUGGAAGGGGAGGACCACCACCCUGUGUGAGAGCGACGGCGACGACAGGGCCUCCGGAGAGGCGCCCAGCGAGCCCAUGCCCACAGGCAGAGUCGUGGGCAUCCUGCAGAAAAACUGGCGGGACUACGUGGUGACCUUCCCGUGCAGAGAAGAGGUGCAGUCCCAGGGCAAACACGCCCAGAAAGUCCUCGUCACGCCCUGGGACCGCAGGAUCCCCAGAAUCCGGAUCAGCACUCAGCAGGCAGAAGCCCUCCAGGACUUCAGGGUGGUGGUCCGCAUCGACUCCUGGGAGACAACCUCCCUGUACCCAAACGGGCACUUCGUGCGCGUCCUCGGACGGAUCGGAGACCUGGAAGGGGAGAUCGCCACCAUCCUGGUGGAAAACAGCAUCUCAGUCGUCCCCUUCUCUGAAGCUCAGGUCAGUGCCCCCCUUACUCGCCGCUGGUGUUUGUUUCAACAAGGAAAACGCCUCCGUGUGCUACCGGUGCCCGCCCGCAGGUUGGCGGUCAGCGUGCUGUGGGAGCUGGCCCCGGGCUCGCGCGACGUGCGGCGGGUGUGGUUCGGCCGCAGCGUGGUGCGCUCGUCCUUCCAGCUGAGCUACGAGGCGGCGCAGGCGCUGCUGGACGGCCGCCCGGCGGAGCUGCCCGAGCUGCGGGGCCUGGCGGCGGCGGCGCGCGACCAGCGGCUGCGGGAGCUGAGCGCCGCGCUGCAGCUGCUCACCGACGUGGCGCGUCACGUGCGCGCGCGCCGGGCCCUGCGCGGGGGCCUGCAGCUAGACGGCGCCGAGCUGCGCGUGCGCGUGGCGGACGGCCGCCUCCGGGACCUGCGGCCGCGCGCGCCGCUCGAGGUGCACGAGACGGUGGCCGAGUGCAUGAUCCUCGCCAACCACUGGGUGGCGCGCCGCCUGUGCCGGGGCCUCGCGCACCGCGCGCUGCUGCGCCGCCACCCCGCGCCGCGCCAGGACGCCUUCGCCGAGCUGCUGCUGAGCGCCCGCGCCCGGGGCUUCCGCAUCGACACCCGGUCCAACAAAACCCUGGCCGACUCUCUGGACAACGCCAAUGACCCCAGCGACCCCGUGGUGAACAAGCUGCUGCGCGCCAUGGCCACCCAGGCCAUGUCCAACGCCCUGUACUUCUCCACGGGCGACUGCGCAGAGGAGGACUUCCAGCACUACGGCCUCGCACUGGACAAAUACACUCACUUCACGUCUCCCAUAAGAAGAUAUGCGGACAUCAUAGUGCACCGGAUGCUCAUGGCCACCAUCUCUGGCGAUACGGCGGGAGGGAAGGACCCUCUGCCGAGCAACAAAGACCUGGAGGAGCUGUGCAGGCAUAUCAACAACCGGAACAGGGCUGCACAGCACUGCCAGAAACAGUCCACCGAGCUCUUCCAGUGCAUGUACUUCAAAGACAAAGACCCCGACCUCGAUGAGCGCUGCACGUCUGACGGGGUCAUCUACUCUAUCAGAACGAACGGCGUGCUCGUGUUCAUACCCAGGUUCGAGAUUAAAGGUGCUGCUUAUCUAAGAAAUAAAGACGGCCUAGUGAUCUCAUUUGGCCCAGAUGGCCGCUCUGAGUGGAAAUCAGGGUCCCUUCAAAGAUCCCAAAACAAGAUCACGUCCACCACGGCCUGCGGGCAGUCUGCCACGUUGCAUUUAUUUGACCACGUCACGGUGAAGAUAUCCGUGCAGGCCUCGCGCUGCCACUCGGACACCAUCAGGCUGGAAAUAAUCAGCAACCGGCCGUACGUGACAUCCGACUCGGAGCUGGUCCAGCAGAGCUCCCCGCUGCUCCGGAGCGAGCUGGUAAAGGAGGUGACCAGGUCCGCGGAGGAGGCGCAGCUGGCGCACGAGGCCCCGAGCAGCCCUGUGCAGGAGGAGGGGUGUGAGUACCGGCAGACCCAGGGCAGGAGCCUGUACGUGCUGCUGGAGGAGAUCCGGGACUUGGCGCUGCUCGAUGUCUCAGGCUCCAUGGGGCAUGAGCUGCCCUCCUCACUCCAGUAAAGUGUUUUCCUCUG